AUGGCGCUCAAGAACGUACUUGCCCUUGUGGUUCUUCUUGGCGUUGUUGGAGUUUCCUUUGUAAAGGCAUAUGAUAACUCAGAAAGUAACCCAGAAAGGUAUAACCCAGGUACGACCGGUAAUCUUUACAACGACUACUAUGGCAACAAGUGUACAAAUGUGGAAGAAAUUGUCCGCAAUGUCACAUAUCAAUAUGUCUCUGCCAAUCCAACUCUUGCUGCUGCGCUUCUGAGGAUGCAUUUUCACGACUGCUUUGUCAGAGGAUGCGAUGGUUCGGUUCUUAUUAAAUCACCAAACAAUGAUGCGGAAAGAGACGCUGUCCCCAACUUGACAUUGAGAGGCUACGAAGUGGUCGAAGCUGCCAAGGCAGCGCUCGAGAUUGCAUGUCCUGGUGUUGUUUCUUGCGCUGAUGUUCUUGCCUUGGUCGCUAGAGACGCUGUUUUCUAUAUAGAUGGACCAUGGUGGCCUGUUCCAUUGGGGCGGAGGGAUGGACGCAUCUCGAAUAUUUCCGAUGCUAAUAGUUUACCAUCUCCUUUUGCCAACGUAGAGACACUCAAGAAGAACUUUGCCGACAAGGGUCUUAACACUAAAGACCUAGUCGUCCUCUCAGGGGCUCACACCAUUGGUGUAUCUUCUUGCGCUCUUAUCAACAGACGUAUCUAUAACUUCACGGGCAAAGGCGACUUUGACCCAGCAAUGGACCCUAACUACGUUAAAAUAUUGAAGGAAAGGUGUCCGCCAACAGAUUUUACGACCAGCGUGGAUAUGGACCCAACGAGUGCCGAUAAAUUUGACUCUCACUACUUUGACGCUGUGUAUCAGAAUAAGGGUUUGUUCAUUUCUGAUUCAACACUCCUGAAAGACUCGUACACCAAAUUCUACAUUCUGCAGCAGGCUGUGUUAAAUCUGAAUACCUUCAACGACGAUUUCUUGGACUCAAUGGUUAAACUCGGUUUUGUCGGGAUUCUUACCGGGGAUCAGGGUGAGAUCAGGAACAAAUGCGAUCGCAUUAACUAA